CAUUAAUGGCUUGUAAGCUAAAGAUAUGGUUUAUGGUGUUAUGUAUAGCGUUAAUGGUGGCCAAUUUGGGACCAUUGGUUCGCGCUGAACCACAAGUCCCAUGUUACUUCGUUUUCGGAGACUCAUUAUUCGACAAUGGCAACAACAAUGACAUUGAAGUUGAUGCCAAAGUCAAUUACUAUCCAUAUGGGAUGGAUUUUUCUGAUGGUCCUACUGGUAGAUUCUCCAAUGGUCGAAAUAUGCCAGACGUUGUUGCUGAACGUCUAGGGUUUGACAUCCAUGACAUUCCGCCUUUCGCAAAAACAAAAGACAGAGAUGUACUCAAAGGUGUAAAUUAUGCGUCCGGCGGAGCUGGAAUUCGUAAUGAGACUGGACAACACCAGGGCCAUUCGAUUUGCUUGAGUAAGCAACUACAAAAUCACCAAGUGACAAUGGAAAAGAUCGCCACUUCGUUAGGAAGUAAAGAAAAGGCUGCUCAGCAUCUAAUGAAGUGCAUGUAUAGUGUUGGAAUUGGUAGUAACGAUUACAUUAACAAUUACUUAUUGCCAAAGUUCUACUCAACUAACCGAGAAUAUACUCCGGAGCAAUAUGCAACAAUCCUUAUGAAACAAUACGACCAGCACCUUAGGACUCUGCACAACUAUGGAGCUAGAAAGAUAGCACUGUUCGGAGUUGCUCUCGUAGGUUGCAUCCCACAAAUGAAAGCUCUGAAUCCCAAUGUUAGAACUCCAUGCGUUGAUUCAAUCAAUCAUUACGUCAAACUUUUCAACGAAGGGCUUAAAUCGCUUGUUGAUCAACUCAAUCAAAACCUAACUGAUGCAAAAUUUAUCUACGUAAACACGGUUGGAAUUUCCUCAAUUGAAUUUCCAAUUAUUGGUGGUGGUGAGUAA